GCCGCGCUCGACGGCCGCGUCGGCCAUGAGCACCACUAGCGGCGGGUCUUCGGGCUUGGGCCCCCAGCCGGCCACGGUGGCCGCUGCGGGCCUUCUGGGCCUUCGAGUCGGGGUCGCCGGCAGCGCGGCGGCGGGUCUCCCCAUUGCGGAGCGGUACCAGAGGACGCCCAAGUGCGCCCGUUGUCGCAACCACGGGGUCGUGUCGGCGCUGAAGGGGCACAAGCGCUACUGCCGCUGGCGGGACUGCGCCUGUGCGAAGUGCACCCUGAUCGCCGAGAGACAGCGGGUGAUGGCGGCACAGGUGGCCCUCCGGAGACAGCAAGCGCAGGAGGAGAACGAGGCCCGCGAGCUGAGCCUGCUGUACGGGUGCCACGACGGGCUGCUGGCCAUGCACCGUGCCGGAUACACGUUCUCGGCGGCGAUGGCCCAGCUGCUGGCCAGGGACGCCGCGGCUGCAGCGGCGGCCGCUGCGGUCGCUGCCGGAGGCGGAGGGUCGCCCUCGCCGGCGUCCACGACGUCGUCGCCGCCGCCGCACGGCGGUGGACGCCUGGCUGCAGCCGCGCCGCCUGCCGUUGCCGCUGCCACAGCGCCAGACUGGAAGCGAGGCGGUGGCAGCGGCGGGCCCCCGUCGGACGCCUCGUCGUCCGAGGAACCGAGCGGGAGCAGCGGCAGUCCGGCGCCGGCCUCGUCGGCCACCGAGGACGGGGCACGCUGCGACGACAGCGACCGGUCGCCCUCGCCCGACCAGCCGCUGGCGCUGGACACGCGCUCGUCGCAGCGCCGGUCGCCGCUGGACACGCUGGCCAGGCUGUUCCCUAGCAGGCCGCAGUCGACCCUGGCGGCCGUGCUGGACCGCUGCGGGGGCGACGUUCUCCAGGCGCUCGACCACCUGCUGCUGCAGGAGCCGCCUCCGCUGGACUACCGGCGGCACCCGCCGCCUCCCCCGCCUCCCCCGGUGACGGCGGCGAGCCUGCUCGGGGCCGUGCCCGCCUACCCGGGCCUGUUCCCGCCGCCUCCCCCGCCGCCGCCGGCGUCCUCCUCGGCCGCGGCCGAGCACGCCAAGCGACUGGCCAGCCUCUGGUCGCCCCAGCAGCCCACCGCCGCCGACCACCACAAGAGCGCAGCAGACUGAGCCCUCCUCCCGCCCUCACUGGGACUCCCGACGACGACGACGAAGACAGGCUCUCGUUGUUGUUUCACCGUCUCGAUCCGCCGCCGCCGCCGCACCGUUGCAGUAUUGCCACACCAACAACGCCCCGCUGUUCUGUGCCUCUUUGUUUUCGAGAGAGGGCCACGCGUUUGGAUCCGUGGCGUUCCGAAGCCCACGCGCUUGCGACCCCUUGUUUUUUUUUAAAAGCGAAAUCGAGAACGCUGGCUUCACUGCGAUGCGCGACUCGCACUGUGGUAUAGUGGCGUCGCUCGCCGAGCCUCGGAACGUAUUCACCAAACGUUCUUACGAUAGGAUCUUUCGUAAGAGCGAAUGUCAGCGAAUCCAGAUGGUGGAUAUCUUGUCGGAGGAGGGGCUGCAGGACAGUGGCAAAGAUCACUUACGAACGUAAAGGCGUGAGAAUACGCGUGCCCUGAUUUCUGGCACAUAGGGAAAACCUAGCCGACGCUCUCGCGAACGUAGCCCUGUUGCUACUCCUAUGUGUAGCUACUAAUUGGUAGCUACGGCAUUGCGAAGAAAGGUCUUAUUAGUACGUUCAUUCGCUUUCUAUAAACAUGACUGUACUUGCCGAUAUUGGACGUACGCGAACGCCGCACUAAUGGUGGCGUUCCAUUUCUCUCUUUGACGUGGGAGAACUUGGCUUCGUUGAAUGCAAAACCUUCGUAUACGUGACUACGCGUUGGAGAAAGAAGGCAGACAAGGUGUGCGAGUGUGUCGUACGGUUCAUCUUAAGGAACACAUCGCACAGACACGGUAUAAGAUGACCACACCUUAAAAACAAAGUCGCACGAACUCGCCCAAAUGUCAUUGCUGUCACACGGUUAGCUUUGUUCAGGAUCGACAACUCCACCUCAGUAACAUACGCCGAUUACUCCCUGCACCCCCAUCCCCCACCCAUACUUUACUAUAUUUCGAGCCCUCCAUUUCUCGGUUUGAGCAUCGGCCACGGCAGAUCUGGUGGCGUAUCGCAGUGAAGCCAGUAUAGAGACUUCGAGUGGGACCUAUGAAAGCGUCAUCGACGCUUACUCGUUUGAGCUUGGGUCGGGCUUCCUAGAAUGUCCGUCGGCCUCACGAACUCUUUCAACUCCGGCUGCCUCCAAGGCACGAACACCAGCGCGCAGCAGGGGCACCGGAUGACGUCUUUCGCCUUCGGUCGAAACCUGAGCCGAAACACAGCGAAUAGUUGAGGAAGCGACGGAGAACCUCGGUGGUGACGUCUCGGUCGACGAGCUGAUCGACUGUGGACUGCCAAGAGGAACGAGGGCCACUUUUAAUGGAAAGAAAUCUUGUAGUUACACACGACGGAAAGCCGGAACGGUUUCCUGAGCGGACUGUUAACACCCACGGCGCAGCUGAAGCCCUUCAGCGGCCGAGUUUUCCAGUCGCCAUUUUCGGGAACAUCGCACUCAGCGCGCAUUGUUUUGGCUGCGUACUGCAGGCCUUAUUUUCACGUCGUGUGGUUGUCGGAUGCGUUUAAAUGAUGCCCGUCCCAACAGCGGGGCGCAUCGCUAGACCUUGGUUGCAUCGCGAAAGAAAAAAGAAAGUUAGUAUCCCCGGAAAAGAUCGACAGAGAAUGCUGCGUCAGCGUGAUUGUGAGAGGCAUACGCAUAGUGUCGCAUGGAGGGCCCUGCGGCGAAUCAGCGAGCGAAACCGUUGAUUUCGAAGGCGCACCAUGGCGCCCAAUUAAGGAAUGGCCUCCCGUAACGCCUUCGAUGAGACCGUCUCAGUAUUGCUUCCCGUUUUCCCGCUGUGACCUGCGGGGCCUGGGCUAUGGGCCAGUGUGUCGUCCGCGUAUACUUGCGUUGGCUUGGGCAGCGCGCUGCGCCAUAAGCAGUGCAUGGUAAACAGACUGUGAUAAGAGGGUGUGGUCUGUUGGUUGCUACAGACCUGUUGGUUGACCUACCUUGGUUGACCUGUUGACCUACAGCAACCAACAGACCUACAGGUCUGUUGGUUGCUACAACAGGCCUGUUGGUUGCUACAAGCCGUCACACUAGAGCAGCGGAGUGGCUUGCCACGGAUGAGGCACACAGGUAUUAUGGUCCUGGACCACGUAUUAGUGCCAGAAAACUUGAGGUUAACCGUGAGGUACAAUUGCGAAAACUCUCUCGCUUCGCUCGUUUGCGUGAGGCGUAAUCUUUCGUUCAAGUACACAGCCGACGUCGCGAUCUCUCCGAAUACAUAAAGCCCGCUUCUAGAGACGUCAUCUGAAGGAUGUACGGUCUAAAAAUGCACGAAAUAAAUGGAGACGUGUAAAGAAGAGAGUGCAAGUGAGCGGGUACGAAACAUGUUACAAAAAAGUUUCUGUCUUCCUGCGCAAAAGAAACUAAAACACGCUGAAAGUACAUCGGGCCUAAGUGUGAGGCUGACUGUAUGCACUUUACACUUGACACUUAACAUUCAGGUGUAAAAGCUCUUUAACCGUAUACUCUUCUUGGUGGUGUACCCGUGUUAUUAAUGAGUCUAAAGAACCGAACAUUUAGCGCUGUGGGUGCAGCCACCAGCCCCAUAAUUCGAAAUCGAUUCGAUAAGCUUUUCGCAAGUGUUAAGGUAUUCUACCAUUACGCCGUAACAUCGGUGCAAGUCUCGAUUGUACACUGUACGUUAGGUGCUGACGCCUUAACUUCAGGAUCACGGCUGUUCUAGGUAUGAACAAAACUCCGUACAUUUAUUUUGCUGCAAUAACAGUCUGAAACUGACUUUCCUAUUCGAUGAAAAAGCUUUGUUAUACGCGUGGCCGUGCAAAGUAUUCAUUCAGUAUUAUCAACAGACAUACUACAGUAUUGUUGUUCGAAUAACUAGCUUCGCCUGCCCACUCGAAUGACAAAGCACGAUGCGUACAAGGUAGGGUGAACGUAUGCAGCUAGGGUACUACGUGGUUGUUUGCUGAACGGACAGGCCUUUUCUAGUAUUGUCGUUGCUGUGCCAAAAACAAGGAGUUUGUAUAAAAAAGAAUAUGUGCUAUGGGACAGCGCACUGCUGUCAAUCUUGUGCAGAGAACUUAUCCAAAUAAAACUAAACUUGAACGUUAGGAGCUUAGCACCGGAGCCAUGGGCUCAUGACGGUAGCAAGACGUUACGGAUCUCGCAGUAUUAUUUUUCCCAUGCGCAAAACAAGUGCAUACGUAAGUGCCUAGGCUUAGUUUUUGUAAAAUUUCGAGCGUAUGUAAUCGUGUUUGAUUCAACAUGAACACAGCUCGCCUUCGUUAAACAGUUCUUUUAAGAUAAAAUUGCGAGCGUAGUGCGAUCAUGGACAGCGCCACUAAAAUCUCUGACGUCACGAGACCCCAGUGUGGGAGGCUCGAGACAGCGUCGCCAUCUGUCUGUCAUUUUGACGUUAUUAACGGUGCACCAAGUUUUCGCAGACGGCAAGACGAACCUUCGGCUGAAUUUCCGAAAUACAUAACUUGUGAAUACACUGUACGUUAACUUGGUUCGACUCUUCUACGUCCGUUUAAUGCCGAUGACGUGCUUGCAACUUCUCGUUAAGUCGCUCUCUAUUAAAGUCUGGACAGCUGCAAGCGCGACGUCACACUCCCCGGACUGCCUUUGCUCUUGGUGCUCGAAAAACUGUGCCUAUAUAUUACGGGCAGGAGACAACGAUUUUCGGGCCCGAGCACACGAGGCCUGCAAUAACUUUUUCCUACCCACGUUUCAGCCCCCACAUCCGGGUUCUACGACUGAGGUUUCAAGACGCGCACGUUCGCUGUUGAAAUGCAGACGCGCACAAGAACGUGCGUAUAGAAUGGCAGCUGUCGUAACGGUGCAGCAUGACACAUACCACCCCGUUUAAAGAGAGCUUACAAAAACUAAUUGCAGAAACAAAAUCUGGCUCCAAUUGCCCUGAUGUACACAUGCAUACUGACAGUUAAUUACGUGGGGUGCGCCUGUCAACCAAAGCGUUGUUGCGGGAGGUGACGGGUUUCGAAGCGAAGACGGGUUGUAUGAUUACACAACUUCGUAAGCGCGACAGGCAAACGUUAAAGCCAAAGUUUUUUCAGUUACACCAGUUGCCAAACUUCCCACUGGGCUCGAUCAUGUUUCAAACUUGGCUUACAGCGUGGGAGGUCUGCGAUUGUCGCGCCACCUGUCGACAAAAAAAACAAAAAAUGGCUAUAAAACGUUCUAGUUUUGAGCGAAACAACGAAAUAAUGUCUUGGCAUGCACUGCAAGCGUAGUAUAAUGGUGUUUUCAAUCAGCACCACAGUUUUCAGUCAGAUUAGCAGUUUCAGACACUCUUUAAGACGAUGGGUGACCGCGAGCUUCAUCUUGUCGCUUAGUGGUGGCGCGUCAGUUGUAUACCAUCACAAAAAAGGCACCCCAGCGUACCACCAUAUGGAAGCGGAGAUUCGGAACUGUUAUGAUUGAAGGAUUCUGGUUCAAACAAUGCUGAACCGCUUAUUCGCUGAUGACACACUGUCCUGGCCUAGUCGCCGCACAUCGAAAGGGUCAACGGCAGAACCGCAAUCCGUGUAUAACCGGACGAAGCGCGUAAAGUACGCGAAUGACUCGCGACGAAUCUACUGUGCAUGCCUAUACUAUAUGUGAAAUGUUGUUACCGAUGAACACACGCAAAUACACACGCACACGGUGUGAUAAAGAAACAUGAAUGGAACACCUCACAAAUGUGCAAAUAAAUUUAUCCUCC